GGGGGCAGGGAAAAGAGGACGCGAGGAGAAUGGACGGAAGGUGCGAGGAGCGAGCAGCGAGGAGGUGGUCAGGGAGCCUGAAUUGCUGUGAGGGCCCAAACUGGACCCAAUCCAAAUCCUAAUAUCUAACUGGGCCCAGAGUCUGGCUUGGAGCCGGAGACCCAGCCCCAGCUGGACUGCCCCUGUCAUGCAGAAGGAACUGGGCUCUGCACCCUCUUGCCCUGGCAUGAAGAGCCCUAGGCCCUUCCUCCUGCUACCACUGCUGCCACCGCUGCUGCUGCUGGGGGUUGGGGUGCCAGGUGCCUGGGGUCAGGCUGGCAGCCUAGACCUGCAGAUUGAUGAGGAGCAACCGGCAGGCACACUCAUUGGAGACAUCAGUGCAGGGCUUCCAGAAGGCACAGCAACUCCGCCCAUGUACUUCAUCUCAGCCCAGGAAGGCAGCGGUGUGGGCACAGACCUGGCUAUCGAUGAACACAGCGGGGUCGUCCGUACAGCUCGUGUUUUGGACCGUGAGCGGCGGGACCGCUACCGAUUCACCGCAGUCACUCCUGAUGGUGCCACUGUGGAAGUUACAGUACGAGUGGCUGACAUCAAUGACCACGCGCCAGCCUUCCCUCAAGCACGAGCUGCCCUGCAGAUACCUGAACAUACAGCUCUUGGCACCCGCUACCCACUGGAUCCUGCUCGUGAUGCAGAUGCUGGCCACCUAGGAACCCAGGGCUAUGCACUCUCUGGUGAUGGAGCUGGAGAGACCUUCCGACUGGAGACACGCCCCGGCCCACAUGGCGCUCCAGUACCUGAGCUGAUAAUCGCUGGGGAGCUGGACCGAGAGAACCGCUCACACUACAUGUUGCAGCUAGAGGCCUACGAUGGUGGUUUGCCUCCCCGGAGGGCCCAGGCCCUGCUAGAUGUGACACUACUGGACAUCAAUGACCAUGCUCCAGCUUUCAAUCAAAGUCGCUACCAUGCUGUGGUAUCUGAGAGCCUGGCCCCUGGCAGUCCUGUCCUGCAGGUGUUUGCUGCUGAUGCUGAUGCUGGUGCCAAUGGGGCUGUAACUUAUGAGAUCAAUCGAAGGCAGAGCGAGGGGGAUGGGCCUUUCUCCAUUGACGCACACACAGGGCUACUGCGGCUGGAACGGCCCUUGGAUUUUGAACAACGACGGGUCCAUGAACUGGUAGUACAGGCACGGGAUGGUGGGGCUCACCCCGAGCUGGGCUCGGCCUUUGUGACUGUACAUGUGCGAGAUGCCAAUGACAAUCAGCCCUCCAUGACUGUCAUCUUCCUGAGUGCAGAUGGCACCCCCCGAGUGUCUGAGGCUGCCCCACCUGGACAGCUUGUGGCUCGCAUCUCUGUGUCAGACCCAGAUGAUGGUGACUUUGCUCAUGUCAAUGUGUCUCUGGAGGGUGGAGAGGGCCAUUUUGCCCUAAGCACCCAAGACAGCGUCAUUUACCUGGUGUGUGUAGCUCGGCAGCUGGACCGGGAGGAGAGGGAUGCCUAUAACUUGCGGGUUACAGCUACAGACUCGGGCUCACCCCCACUGCGGGCUGAAGCUGCCUUCGUGCUGCACAUCACUGAUGUCAAUGACAAUGCACCUACCUUUGACCGCCAGCUCUACCGGCCUGAGCCACUGCCUGAGGUUGCGUUGCCUGGCAGCUUUGUGGUGCGAGUGACAGCCCGGGAUCCCGACCAAGGCACCAAUGGUCAGGUCACCUAUAGCCUGGCCCCUGGCACUCACACUCGCUGGUUUUCCAUUGACCCCACCUCAGGCGUCAUCACCACUGCCACCUCACUGGACUAUGAGUUGGAACCUCAGCCACAGGUGAUUGUGGUUGCCACAGAUGGGGGCCUGCCCCCUCUAGCCUCCUCCGCCACAGUUAGCGUGGCUUUACAGGAUGUGAAUGAUAAUGAGCCCCAGUUCCAAAGGACCUUCUACAAUGCCUCACUGCCUGAAGGUACUCAGCCUGGAACCUGUUUCCUGCAGGUGACAGCCACAGAUGCAGAUAGUGGCCCAUUUGGCCUCCUGUCCUAUUCCUUGGGUGCUGGACUUGGGGCCUCUGGGCCUCCACCGUUCCGCAUUGAUGCCCACAGUGGUGAUGUGUGCACAACCCGAAUCCUGGACCGCGACCAGGGACCCUCAAGCUUUGACUUCACAGUGACAGCAGUAGACGGGGGAGGCCUCAAGUCCAUGGUAUAUGUGAAGGUGUUCGUGUCAGAUGAGAAUGACAACCCACCUCAGUUUUAUCCACGGGAGUAUGCUGCCAGUCUGAGUGCCCAGAGUACACCAGGCACAGCUGUGCUGAGGGUGCGUGCCCAUGACCCUGACCAAGGACCCCAUGGGCGACUCUCCUACCACAUCCUGGCUGGCAAUAGCCCCCCACUUUUUGCCUUGGAUGAGCACUCGGGGCUAUUGACAGUAGCCUGGCCCUUGGCCAGACGGGCUAAUUCUGUGGUGCAGCUGGAGAUCGGGGCUCAGGACGGAGGUGGGCUGAAGGCAGAACCCACUGCCCGAGUCAACAUCAGCAUCGUGCCUGGAACCCCCACACCACCUAUAUUUGAGCAACUACAGUAUGUUUUUUCUGUGCCAGAGGAUGUAGCACCAGGCACCAGCGUUGGCAUGGUCCAGGCACACAACCCACCAGGUCGCUUGGGGCCUGUGACUCUCACCCUAUCAGGAGGGGAUCCUCGGGGACUCUUCUCCCUUGACUCGGCCUCAGGGCUGUUACAAACACUUCGCCCUCUGGACCGGGAGCUGCUGGGACCUGUGCUGGAACUGGAGGUACGAGCAGGCAGUGGAGCACCCCCAGCGUUUGCGGUGGCCCGCGUGCGUGUGCUGCUGGAUGAUGUGAAUGACAACGCCCCUGCCUUCCCUGCACCUGAAGACACAGUAUUGCUGCCACCAAACACUGCCCCGGGGACGCCAAUUUAUACGCUCCGGGCUCUGGAUCCUGACUCAGGUGUUAACAGUCGAGUCACCUUUACCCUGCUUACUGGAGGUGAUGGGGCCUUCACUGUGGACCCUUCCACAGGCCAUGUACGACUUAUGCGACCUCUGGGACCCCUAGGGGGCGCAGCCCAUGAGCUGGAGCUGGAGGCCCGGGAUGGAGGCUCGCCACCACGUACCAGCCACUUUCGACUUCGGGUGGUAUUACAGGACUUGGGGACCCGUGGGCUGGCUCCCCGAUUUGAUAGUCCUACCUACCGUGUGGACCUGCCCUCAGGCACCACCCCUGGAACUCAGGUCUUGCAACUGCAAGCUCAGGCACCAGAUGGGAGCCCUGUCACCUAUCACCUUGCAGCAGAUGGAGCAAGUAGCCUCUUUGGCCUGGAGCCACAGAGUGGGUGGCUCUGGGUUCGGGUACCGCUGGACCGUGAGUCCCAGGAGUUAUAUACACUGAAGAUAAUGGCAGUUUCUGGGUCCAAAGCUGAGUUGGGGCAACAGACAAGCACAGCCACUGUGAGGGUCAGCAUCCUCAACCAGAAUGACCACAGUCCCCGCUUGUCUGAAGAGCCUACCUUCUUAGCUGUGGCUGAGAACCAGCCCCCAGGGACCAGUGUGGGCCGGGUCUUUGCCACUGACCGAGACUCAGGACCUAAUGGACGUCUGACCUAUAGCCUGCGACAGCUGUCAGAGGAUAGUAAGGCCUUCCGCAUCCACCCCCAGACUGGAGAAGUGACCACACUCCAAACCCUGGACCGAGAGCAGCAGAGCAGCUUCCAGCUCCUGGUGCUGGUGCAGGACGGGGGGAGCCCACCCCGCAGCACCACAGGCACCGUGCACAUUGCGGUGCUCGACCUCAAUGACAACAGCCCCACCUUCCUGCAGGCGUCAGGGGCUGCUGGUGGGGGCCUCCCUAUUCAGGUACCGGACCGUGUCCCUCCAGGAACACUGGUAACAACUCUGCAGGCCAAGGAUCCAGAUGAGGGGGAAAACGGAACCAUCCUGUACACGCUAACAGGUCCUGGCUCAGAGCUCUUCUCUCUGCAUCCUCACUCAGGGGAGCUGCUCACUGCAGCAUCCCUGAUCCGGGCGGAGCGGCCCCACUAUGUGCUAACACUGAGUGCUCACGACCAAGGCAGCCCUCCUCGGAGUGCCAGCCUGCAGCUUCUGGUGCAGGUGCUUCCCUCGACUCGCGCGGCAGAACCUCCGCCGGAUCUCUCAGAGCCCGACCCGGCGGCGCCAGUGCCGGUGGUCCUGACUGUAACUGCAACUGAAGGGCUUCGGCCUGGAUCCUUGUUGGGCUCAGUGGCGCCUCCGGAGCCUGCGUCCUUGGGCGCACUCACCUACACACUGGUUGGUGGCGCUGAUCCUGAGGGCACCUUUGCUCUGGACGCGGCCACGGGGCGCCUGUACCUGGCGCGGCCUUUGGACUUCGAGGCCGGCCCUGCUUGGCGCGCGCUCACGGUGCGCGCCGAGGGCCCCGGAGGCGCGGGGGCGCUCAGCGCGCCGCACGGCCUGGACCGGGAGACGACACCCGCGCUGCUGCUGCUCGUAGAGGCCACUGACCGGCCGGCCAAUGCCAGUCGCCGCCGAGCAGCGCGCGUCUCCGUGCGCGUCUUUGUCACCGAUGAAAACGACAACUCGCCGGUCUUCACCUCCCCGUCACGCGUGCGUCUCCCGGAGGAUCAGCCUCCCGGUCCCGUAGCUCUGCACCUGGUAGCCCGGGAUCCCGACCUGGGCGAGGCCGCACGCGUGUCCUAUCGCCUGGCGACUGGCGGGGACGGCCACUUCCGGCUUCACUCAAGCACUGGGGCACUGUCCGUGGUGCGGCCCCUCGACCGCGAACAGCGAGCUGAGCACGUCCUGACAGUGGUGGCCUCAGACCAUGGCUCCCCUCCGCGGUCGUCCACUCAGCUCCUGACUGUCAGUGUUGUUGACGUCAACGACGAGGCACCCACUUUCCAGCAGCAGGAGUAUAGCGUCCUCUUGCGGGAGAACAGCCCGCCUGGCACAUCUCUGCUGACUCUGAGAGCCACAGAUCCGGACCUGGGGGCCAAUGGGCAAGUGACUUACGGAGGCGUCUCUGGUGAGAAUUUUUCUCUGGACCCAAACACGGGAGUUCUCACUACCCUUCGGGCCCUGGAUCGUGAGGAGCAGGAGGAGAUCAACCUGACAGUAUAUGCCCGGGACAGAGGCUCACCCCCCCUGUUAACUCAUGUCACAGUUCGAGUAGCUGUAGAGGAUGAAAAUGAUCAUGCUCCAACCUUUGGGAAUACCCACCUCUCCCUGGAAGUGCCUGAGGGCCAGGACCCCCAGACCCUUACCACACUUCGGGCCUCUGACCCAGACGUGGGAGCCAAUGGGCAGCUGCAGUACCGCAUCGUAGAUGGAGACCCAUCAGGAGCGUUUGUCCUAAAUCUUGACUCUGGGGAGUUUGGCACCAUGAGGCCACUAGACCGAGAGGUGGAGCCAGCAUUCCAGCUGCGGAUAGAGGCUCGAGAUGGAGGGCAGCCGGCUCUCAGUGCCACUCUGCUUGUGACAGUGACAGUUCUGGAUGCCAAUGACCAUGCCCCAGCCUUUCCUGUGCCGGCCUAUGCAGUUGAAGUGCCGGAGGAUGCACCUGCAGGGACCCUGCUGAUGCAGCUGCAGGCUCACGACCCUGAUGCUGGGGCCAAUGGUCAUGUGACCUACUAUCUGGGUGCAGGUACAGCAGGAGCCUUCCUGCUGGAGCCUGCCUCUGGAGAGCUGCGCACAGCCACCGCACUGGAUAGAGAGCACUGCUCUAGCUAUGCCUUUUCUGUGAGCGCAGUGGAUGGUGCAGCUGCUGGACCCUUGAGCACCACAGUGCCCAUCACCAUCACGGUGCGCGAUGUCAACGACCAUGCACCCACUUUCCCCACCAGUCCUCUGCGCCUGCGCCUGCCCCGCCCAGGCCCCAGCCUCAGCACGCCAACUCUGGCUCUGGCCACACUGCGAGCUGAAGAUCGUGACGCCGGCGCCAACGCCUCCAUUCUGUACCGGCUGGCAGGCACACCGCCUCCUGGCACCACUGUGGACUCUUACACUGGUGAAAUCCGUGUGGCCCGUUCCCCUGUAACUCUAGGCCCCCGGGAUCGUGUCCUCUUCAUUGUGGCUACUGACCUUGGCCGUCCAGCUCGCUCUGCCACCGGUGUGGUCAUUGUUGGUCUUCAGGGGGAGUCUGAGCAUGGACCCCGCUUUCCCCGGGCUAGUAAUGAGGCUGUGCUUCGUGAGAAUGCACCCCCAGGGACUCCUGUCGUCUCCCCCAAAGCUGUCCAUGCUGGGGGCUCAAGUGGACCGAUCACCUACAGCAUUCUCAGUGGGAAUGAGAAAGGCAUAUUCUCCAUUCAGCCGAGUACAGGAGCCAUCACAGUUCGCUCAGCAGAGGGCCUGGACUUUGAGACAAGUCCCCGGCUACGACUGGUGCUGCAGGCAGAGAGCGGAGGAGCCUUUGCCUUCUCCGUGCUGACCCUGACCUUGCAAGAUACCAAUGACAAUGCUCCCCGUUUCCUGCAGCCCCACUAUGUGGCUUUCCUACCAGAGUCUCGGCCAUUGGAGGGACCCCUGCUGCAGGUGGAGGCGGAUGACCUGGAUCAAGGUUCUGGAGGACAGAUAUCCUACAGUCUGGCUGCUUCCCAGCUGGCACGGGGCUUAUUCCAUGUAGACCCAGCCACAGGCACUAUUACUACCACAGCUAUCCUAGAUCGUGAGAUCUGGGCUGAAACACGGCUUGUGCUGAUGGCCACAGACAGAGGAAGCCCAGCCCUGGUGGGCUCAGCUACCCUGACAGUGAUGGUCAUUGAUACCAAUGACAAUCGUCCCACCAUCCCCCAGCCCUGGGAGCUCCGAGUGUCAGAAGAUGCACUAUUGGGCUCAGAGAUUGCGCAGGUAACAGGGAAUGAUGUGGACUCCGGACCAGUGCUGUGGUAUGUGCUGAGCCCAUCUGGGCCCCAGGAUCCCUUUAGUAUUGGCCGUUACGGAGGCCGUGUCUCCCUCAUGGGUCCCCUGGACUUUGAGCAAUGUGAUCACUACCACCUGCAGCUGCUGGCACAUGAUGGACCUCAUGAGGGCCGUGCCAACCUCACGGUGCUUGUGGAGGAUGUCAAUGACAAUGCACCUACCUUCUCCCAGAGCCUCUACCAGGUCAUGCUGCUUGAGCACACUCCCCCAGGCAGUGCCAUUCUCUCUGUUUCUGCCACUGACCGGGACUCCGGUGCCAACGGUCACGUCUCCUACCACCUAGCUUCACCUGCUGAAGGCUUCAGUGUUGACCCCAACAAUGGAACUUUGUUCACAACUGUGGGAACAGUGGCCUUUGGCGGUGAGGGGCCAGGAGUGGUGGAUGUGGUGCUGGAAGCACGGGACCAUGGGGUUCCAGGCCGGGCAGCACGGGCCACAGUGCACGUGCAGCUGCAGGACCAGAAUGACCACUCCCCAAGCUUCACAUUGCCACACUACCGUGUGGCCGUGAGUGAAGAUCUGCCUCCUGGGUCCACCCUGCUCACCCUGGAGGCCACAGAUGCUGACGGAAGCCGCACCCAUGCCACCGUGGACUACAGCAUCAUCAGUGGCAACCGCGGCCGGGUCUUCCAACUAGAACCCCGGCUGGCUGAAGUUGGAGAGGGUGUUGGACCAGGUCCCCAGGCACUGGGCUGCCUGAUGUUGCUUGAGCCUCUAGACUUUGAAAGCCUGACGCAAUAUAAUCUAACUGUGAUUGCAGCUGACCGGGGCCAGCCACCCCGCAGUUCAGCUGUGCCAGUCACUGUCACUGUACUAGAUGUCAAUGACAACCCACCUGUCUUUACCCAAGCAUCCUACCGUGUGACAGUACCUGAGGACAUGCCAGUUGGAGCUGAGCUGCUGCAUGUGGAGGCCUCUGAUGCUGACCCUGGCCCUCAUGGCCUUGUGCAUUUCACCCUUAGCUCAGGUGACCCGCUGGGGCUCUUUGAGCUGGAUGAGAGCUCUGGUGCCUUGCGACUGGCCCACCCCUUGGACUGUGAGACCCAAGCUCGACACCAGCUUGUAGUGCAGGCUACUGACCCUGCUGGGACACAUUUUGCUUUGGCUCCAGUGACAGUUGAGGUCCAGGAUGUGAAUGACCAUGGUCCAGCCUUCCCACUGAACUUACUCAGCACCAGCCUGGCAGAGAACCAGCCUCCAGGAACUCUUGUGACCACUCUGCAUGCAAUUGAUGGGGAUGCUGGGGCUUUUGGGAGGCUCCGCUACAGCCUGUUGGAGGCUGGGCCAGGGCCUGAGGGUCGUGAGGCAUUUGCACUGAACAGCUCAACUGGGGAGUUGCGGGCACGAGUGCCUUUUGACUAUGAGCACACGGGAAGCUUCCGCCUGCUGGUUGGUGCUGCUGACGCUGGGAAUCUCUCAGCCUCUGUCACUGUGUCAGUCCUGGUGACUGGAGAGGAUGAGUAUGACCCUGUGUUCCUGGCUCCAGCUUUCCACUUCCAAGUGCCAGAAGGUGCCCAGCGUGGCCACAGCUUGGGUCAUGUGCAGGCCACAGAUGAGGAUGGGGGUGCUGAUGGCCUGGUGCUCUAUUCCCUUGCCACCUCUUCCCCUUAUUUCGGUAUCAACCAGACUACAGGUGUCCUGUACCUUCGGGUGGACAGUCGGGCACCAGGUAGUGGAACAGCCACUUCAGGAGGUGGGGGCCGGACCCGGCGUGAGGCACCACGGGAGCUGAGAUUGGAGGUAGUAGCUCGGGGACCUCUGCCUGGUUCCCGGAGUGCCACAGUGCCUGUGACCGUGGAUAUCACCCAUACUGCCCUGGGCUUGGCACCUGACCUCAACCUGCUGUUGGUGGGGGCUGUGGCUGCCUCCUUGGGAGUUGUAGUGGUGCUUGCACUAGCAGCCCUGGUGCUAGGGCUGGUUCGAGCUCGUAACCGCAAGGCCGAGGCAGCCCCUGGCCCAAUGUCACAGGCAGCACCCCUAGCCAGCGGCUCCCUGCAGAAACUGGGCCAGGAGCCACCCAGUCCACCACCUUCAGAGCAUCUGUAUCACCAGACUCUCCCCAGCUAUGGUGGGCCAGGAGCCGGAGGGCCCUAUCCCCGUGGUGGCUCCCUGGACCCGUCACACUCAAGCGGCCGCGGCUCAGCAGAGGCUGCAGAGGAUGAUGAGAUUCGUAUGAUCAACGAGUUCCCUCGUGUGGCCAGCGUGGCCUCCUCCCUGGCAGCCCGUGGCCCUGACUCAGGCAUCCAGCAAGAUGCAGAUGGACUGAGUGACACAUCCUGUGAGCCACCUGCGCCUGACACGUGGUAUAAGGGCCGAAAGGCAGGGCUGCUGCUGCCAGGUGCAGGAACCACUCUGUACCGAGAGGAGGGACCCACAGCCACCGCCACAGCCUUCCUGGGGGGCUGUGGCCUAAGCCCUGCACCCACUGGGGACUAUGGCUUCCCAGCAGACGGCAAGCCCUGUGUGGCAGGUGCGCUGACAGCCAUUGUGGCUGGUGAGGAGGAGCUCCGUGGCAGCUAUAACUGGGACUACCUGCUGAGCUGGUGCCCGCAGUUCCAGCCACUGGCCAGUGUCUUCACAGAGAUCGCUCGGCUCAAGGAUGAAGCUCGGCCAUGUCCCCCUGCUCCCCGAAUCGACCCACCACCCCUCAUCACUGCUGUGGCCCACCCAGGAGCCAAGUCUGUGCCCCCCAAGCCUGCAAGCACAGCUGCCGCCCGGGCCAUCUUCCCACCGACCUCUCACCGCUCCCCCAUCAGCCAUGAAGGCUCCCUGUCCUCUGCUGCCAUGUCCCCCAGCUUCUCCCCCUCGCUGUCUCCUUUGGCUGCUCGCUCACCCGUUGUCUCGCCGUUUGGGGUGGCCCAGGGCCCCUCAGCCUCGGCCCUCAGUGCAGAGUCUGGCCUGGAGCCACCUGAUGACACAGAGCUGCACAUCUAGCUGCGGCCCAGGCUGGGCCCCGACCUGGGAUGCGCACAGCGUCCCCAAUGCAGGCCCCACCCUGAGCCUGCCCUGGGCAGCCUCGGACCAUGACUGGCCAUGGGGAGGCCACCACCAAGUCCCAACUCUCCACCCCAAACUCCUCCCGUGGGGGCAGGUCCCACAUUUCCCCCCAACCCCUCAGAGAACUGGGACCAGAGGGUCUGUUGGUCCCUGACCUGUGGCCAGGUCCAGUGUGGGGCGAAGUAUGAAGGAGGCCGCAGCCCUGGGCUCUCGGCAAGGACUUCCUGCCUGCACCAGCAACCUGAGACGGAGCAGAGACUUUAUUUAUUGGGGGGUAGGGGAAUGAGGGAGGUAUCUCCAAACUGUUAGGGCCCAGCUCCUUUGGGUUCCACUGACAUCCCUACCCCUGCCCAGAACAAGUGCCAAUUCUCACUCUGGAGCCUUAAUAAACUGCAGUUUGUAUCCA